AUGUAUCGUAAAUCAACGACUGUUAAAAGUGUUCGACAAAUACCCGCAAACAAUACACAGCGUCAUACGACUACAGAUGAAAAACCAAGAAGCAAACAUCCAGUUAUUCGAGAGACACUUAGUGAAUCGUAUCGUUUAGUUUGGCUAGCUAAAGAUGAAACGAAUAAUAUAAUCCCAGUAGCAAAUGUUCGAAGUGUUGUCAAUGAUUUUAAACACUUUCAAGAUGCUAAACAAUGUAUCGAAUAUUUAAAACAAUCUGAAAAUACGAUAUUCCUUGUUUGCUCAGAGAAAUUCGGACCAUUAAUUGUUCCAGAAGUUUAUCAAUUGAAACAUAUUUGGUCUAUUCACAUUUACAAUAAUGAUAUACAAAAUGACCCGCACUUUGUUCACUCGUAUAGUCAAGUUAAAAUUAUUUUCGCUAAAACCAGUCACUUGUUAGAAUCUUUAACAAAAGACGUUCAACAGUAUUUAAAACACGAGAAAUUUGCAGCCGUCAUGGGCACUGAAAGUCAGGGUAAUACAGCGGAAUGGUGUUAUGAUUGGUGGUCACGUUACAUUCAUCUUCUUUGUUAUCUUCCUUAUCCAGAAGAUUAUCGACUUCAAAUUAUUCCUUUAUUGAGAGAUUACUACAGCGGAGUAUCAUCAAAAUUGACUAUUGUCGAUGAAUUGGAAAAGAAUUAUAAAUCAGAGACUGUUAUUUGGUGGUAUACACGUGCAACAUUCUUCUGUGAACUGUUAAACAGAGCAUGUCGGCAGCAUAACAUUGAAUUAUUGUUCUUAUUUGGAUCAUACGUUCAAGAUAUUUAUCAGCAAUUAAAGAAGGAAAAUGAUGCUUUUAAAGAAAAACGAUCCUCGGAAAAGUCCAAAAUGCUUGUUUACCGUGGACAAGUGAUGCCAACGUAUGAAUUCAACCAUCACAUAGCUAGUAGUGUGAUGAAUAAUUCUCUAUUAUCAACAAGUCUUAAUCGUAAGAAAGCAAUCGAAUUUGUUGGUUUUGCAACUAUGAAAGAUGAUUACAUUCGAGCUUUGUUUGAAAUCGAAAUUGAUUUGAACGAAAUUACACGUCCUUAUGCGUUGAUCUCACACUUGAGUGAUAUUCCGGAUGAAGAAGAAGUUUUAUUUAUGAUUGCAACUGAUUUUCGAGUUCAACCAGAUUCCUUAGAGUACAAUGAAGAAGAUAAAGUCUGGGUGAAGAAACUCCGUUUAUACAAUUAUCAUGAAAUCAAUGAUAUAAAUAAGUUUGAUACAACCAUCACAGAAAGAAGACUUAAAGAUUGCGUGAAUGAUUUAUUUGAUGAAAACCAAACGAGUAAGCCCAUGUUUGAUGAUGCAAUGAUGAUUUUCGAGAAAUUAAAUGAAAUUUGUCCAACAAAAAAAUGGAUAAAAGCAAUAAAACAUCGCUAUAUAGCGGUAAAACAUCACUCGACAAUAACAGACUGGGAUCUUCGCAUUAGACACGAUCCAUCAGCAGCUAUAAAAAACUACAAUGACGCUUUAAAAUUCUGUUUAAAGAUGGAUAUUAAAACAAAUGGAAAUGAAAAAGAACAAGAUUAUGCUGAAUUUAUCAAAUGUAAACAAUUAUCUGGAGAAAAUAUGUUGAAAUACACAUCAUUGAACGAUUCAUCGUUUCGCGAUCGUUUAAUGGAACCUGGUUGGAUUUAUGCAUCAAACCGUAAAUACGAUGAAGCUUUGAAUAUAUAUGAACAUGUGAUAGAUAUCUACCUGAAAGAAUCGAAAUUAGAUUAUGAUUGGAUUAUUCGAAAGGUUUCUGACGUAAUUGAGAUUUAUACUACGCAAAAAAAUGAUUAUAAUUCAGCAUUAAAAUAUCAAUUGAUCAAACAUGAAUGUACAUUAAAACAAAAUCAAGCAAAUUUGACUGACAGUUAUGAUACAUCACAGCGAAAAAAGCGUUAUAUUGCUGAUGAACAAGUUGAAUUAGCAGAUUUAUACACAAAAUUGCAUUUCUACAAAGAAGCGUAUGAACUCUAUGGUGCAGCACUGAAAUUACGACAAGAAUUAUCAGAUAGGUUCGUUCGUCACGAAGAGAUACAAGACAUUCAAGAGAAAAUUGAAUCCAUUCGAAACAAUAUAGAAUCAUAA